CGCAUUCGCUACCGUGAGAGAUACUCGGGCUUGAGAGAAUAAUGUCUUACCGUGAAAACACUGUGUGUGUUUGAAUUUGAGUAAAUGUAAGAAGCCACGGAUAUACAUUCAAGAUGAUACCAAUGUAAGUAAGAAUGUAUCUUGUGGACUGUGUACGUUUGUGUCACUGUGGAUGUCCGUUAGAGGGCCGAAGGCUGUAAAGGUGUACUGCGAGAGUGAUAUCGGCCGAUUGACGGCGGUGACACAGGAAAUACGCUUGUGACGGACCUCAAAGUUCACCUGGAUAUCAAAGACGUUAUCAGGAGGUUUGUACGGCCACCAUGCAAAACUUAGGCCAUUGUUUUGUCACAGGAACAGUUUGAUGAUGGGAAGUUUGGAAAGGAAGAUCGUGUUUGUUGGUUAGCGAGCUUGUAUACAGCUUCACGACUCAGGUGUGUACAUAGGGCUCGUGCGACCGUGCGUGCGCUACUGCUGAAACAUGGCCUCGACCAAAAACAGCAUUGAGAGGCCCGCUCCUAGGACUUCAUAUCAUGUCAUAUGUAUCAUAUUAUUACAGUUUUUAGUGAAAUUUUCUCAAGGGCAGGGCCCAGGUGUGAUAUUUUACAUACCCGAAGAGUCACCGGCUGGGACGACGGUGGGAACUAUCAACACAACGGCAGGGUAUACUUACACAAUGCCUACACCGUCGCUAUAUUUCACUUUAGAAAGUUCAACAGGCAAAAUUACAACUUUACAAGUUUUAGAUCGGGAGUCACUAACUCAAGAUCAGAUCAAUAUUUUCAUCAUAGGAAGGCAUUCUGUUCGGCCUAGUUUACCUAUGGAAAUCCUUGUUCAUGUUCUGGAUAUUAACGAUAAUUUCCCAGUUUUCCAGGAAUCUGUGUAUCAAGUUGCAAUACCCGAAAAUUCGCGAACUGGCUCCCAACAACUUUUAGUCACUGCUUCAGAUGCUGAUAAAGGGGAAAAUGGCACAAUUUCAAGUUAUAGAAUUAUUUCAGGCAACGAGGAGAAUAAAUUUCGGCUAAUUCCCCCAAGUUCCAUAACACCGUUUAUGUAUUUGGAAGUUCAAGGUGUUUUGGAUAGAGAAAACAAGGACUCCUACAAACUGAAUGUUUCGGCCAGUGAUGGUGGGACCCCACCCCUAUAUGGAUUCAUACAAUUAGAUGUUACAAUAACCGACACCAAUGACAACAACCCAACGUUUAACCCGAGUGAGUUUGAAGCUAAAGUGAAUGAGAGUGCACCAGUUAAUACUGCAGUUGUAACUGUCCAUGCAACAGACGCUGACAAAGGUUUAAACUCAGAAAUUGUGUACCGAUUGACUGACGAGAACAGUGAACAGUUCACAGUGGAGGAAAGGACAGGUGUGAUCAGGACAUUGAGGACGCCCUUGAGUUGUACCAGAAUCUGCGCUCGUUCCUUGAGGUGUAACCCCAGCAGCUGCCUGAUUACGGUUGAGGCGUCUGACAGAGGAUCACCAUCCCUCCUUGGCCGUGCUUACAUCACUGUCAUCAUCAAUGACGAAAAUGAUCACGAUCCCAUCAUAAGUUUUAAUCACUACCCGGACCGAAGUAAGGAUUUCUCAACGGUGGAUGAGAAUGUAAAACCAGGUAAAAAAAUUGCAUCCGUGACUGUCCUUGACGAUGAUUCUGGUGAAAAUGGUAACACGACGCUCUCGAUCAUUGGUGGGAAUGAACUUGGACAUUUUAAGCUUGUCACACUCUUCAGCCAGUACUUAAGUAUUAAUUUGAUUCAGGUUAUUGGGGAUUUGGACAGGGAGAAAGUGAGCAUGUAUAACCUCACAAUGAAAGCAGUGGAUCAUGGAUACCCUCAACGCAGUUCAACUGGUAAUCUGAUUGUCUAUGUAAGCGAUGCUAACGACCACGCUCCAGUGUUUGCAAAACAUGAGUACAGGGUAAAAAUGAGUGAACUUGAGUUGCCAGGUAGUUUUGUGGAAAGUGUGACAGCCUCUGAUGAAGAUUCAGGCCCCAACUCUGCAUUGUCAUAUUCAAUUGUGACCGGAAAUGACCUGAAUUGGUUCCGAAUCGAUCCAUCUACAGGUCUGGUGACCACCCAGGACAAGCUGGACCAUGAAACUACCUUCCAGGUCAUCAUGAAUAUAUCGGCAAAAGAUGGGGGUGCCCAGAUAUUCAGAAACUACACCACAUUAAUUGUCGACAUUAGUGAUGAGAACGAUGUGAUUCCAACAUUCGAUCGGUCCGUGUAUGACGUAAAGGUUCGGGAAAAUGUAAGUGUCGGGUCGGACAUCAUCACACUCACAGCGACAGACACUGAUGAAGGCUUGAAUGGAACUGUCCGGUACCUGUUUCACCCGAGUGUUGCCCGAAGCUACCCAAACACAUUCCAAAUUAAUUCAAUCAGUGGUAGGAUCAGAACAGCUAAAGAAUUAGACAGAGAGACUGUUCCUAAAUACACCAUCUUGGUCAUCGCUAGAGACGGUGGAAACCCAUCCCUUUCCUCCACAGCGUCUGUGAUAGUAAGUCUGAAUGAUGUGAACGACAAUGCCCCAACAUUCCGACCCCGACAAUACUUCAGCAGCAUCCUUGAGAACCAGCCUUCGGGGACUGAUGUGGUCCAGGUGUUUGCCUUUGAUCCGGACGAAGGACUCAACAGACGCAUCACCUACAGCUUCUUCGGGGACAGCUUCAGCAGCUUCUCCGUCGACACAUCCACUGGAUGGGUUCGGACAACCAAGCAGCUGGACAAGAGUCGAAGCCCUUACCGUCUCACCGUGCGGUGCACUGAUGGUGGGGGGAAGAUUGCAUCCCCUGAUGCUUCUCUGGAGGUUACUGUCGCCAACGUUAACGACCCUGCUCCACAAUUUAGUGGUCAAAGCUAUACAUUCUCUAUUGAAGAAGUUGGUGAAAAUCAGAUUCCUGAUGUGAGCAGAAGUGUUGGAAGAGUCACAGCUACCUUGUCCGAUAACUCGGCUGUAACAUAUGCUAUUGUGGGAGGGGAUCCCUAUGGAGUGUUCAACAUGGACAGAACAUCCGGGCAGAUUACCACGGUGAAGAAAGUGGACAGGGAAGCACAGUCUGAGUUCCACCUGAAGGUAAUUGCAAGUGGUGGGUCUCGGUUCCGGGAAACAUCAGUGAAGGUUGAGGUCACCGACAUCAAUGAUAACUCACCUGUCUUUGUGGACCAAACCCUGGAAACCUCCGUCCAUGAGAACUGGCCGAUUGGCCGCAACAUCUACCACGCAGAAGCCAGGGAUUCUGACUUUGGCCCCAACUCUGAUCUCUCCUACACCCUGACAUCCAAUUCUAACAAUGUCUUCAUGAUAAAGGCCCAGACAGGAGUGAUAUACCUGAACAAGCCACUGGACCAGCUGCCAUCCAACAGAAGCACGCACACCCUCACUGUGACUGCUACAGAUGCCGGAACUCCCCAGCUCUCGACUACGGUUGACAUCACUGUCUACAUCCAAGAUGUCAAUGAUCAUAAUCCUGUGUACCAAAGCAGUCAUUACGAGAGAUCUAUCCAUGAGUCUAAACCAGUCAAUGAACCAAUAUUCCAACUGAUUGCCAUUGAUGAAGACUUGGGCCAGAACGGUGCUCUUGUGUACAACAUCACGCGAGGAAACCUGCAACAUAGGUUUGGCAUAUUUCCUGACGGUACUCUAUACGUUGCCCAUGGACUGGACAGAGAAGAGAGGGACAUCUAUUCUCUGUCUGUGACAGUCAGCGACCGGGGCGCAGAACCCAGAAGCUCGGUAGCCAACAUAACGUUUCAUAUCCUUGAUGACAAUGACAACAAACCCGUGUUUGGAAACAAUACUUACGAAUUCUAUGUCCGCGAAAACAUGCCUCUGAGAACAUUCACUGGAACAGUCCACGCAACUGAUGCUGAUAUUGGUCGCAAUGCAGAGAUUAUCUUCUCAGUUGGUGGUGAUCAAACCAACUUUACUAUUAAUCCUCAAACUGGAGAGGUAUUAACAUUGAAAUCUUUUGAUCGAGAAGGUAUGCAGACUUUAAUGGGAAGAGAUUAUUAUGCGUUUGAGGUAACAGCAAGUGAUAAUGGGCUUAAGCGUCUUCAUGAAACAGCCUUAGUGAAAGUUUAUGUCACUGAUGAUAAUGAUAACCCACCAGUCUUCUCGAAGCAGAUCUACACUUCCUCUGUGAUGGAGAAUGCCCAGCUUGGAGUCCGUCUCACAACAGUCACAGCCACUGAUGUUGAUAUUGGAGAAAAUGGGGCCAUUUCUUAUGUGUUCAUGUCAGGAAAUGAACAGAAGAAGUUCAGGAUUGACGAAACAACGGGUAAUGUUGUUCUCAUUGCUGAGCUAGAUCGUGAAACGGUAGAUCGCUACAACCUGAUCAUCCUGGCCACUGACUCCGUGGACGUGAGCAACCGCCUCAGCGCUACUGCUACUCUGCACAUCACCGUCAUGGACUUUAAUGACAACAUACCUUUGUUUGUGUCACCUCCAUCUGAAACCAGCAUCCUGGAGUCGGCCCAACCAGGAGAACUCAUUGCCUCCUUCUCCGCAGUGGAUGAUGACAUUGCCAACAAUGCUGUCCUCUUCUUCGACAUCAACCUUGGCAAUAAUGGAAACUUCUUCAACCUUGAUCGGCACAUGGGCAAACUGUACCUGAACAAACCCCUGGACUACGAGAACAACCAGAAGUUUACGUUGGAGAUCAUGGUGUCUGAUGCAGGAGAUGGUGACCACCAGACUCUAUCCUCCAGCACCUCCUUCGUCAUCAAUGUCCUCGAUGUCAACGAUAAUGCUCCCAUAUUCAGUGAUGGGGCCAUCUCAAGCACUGUGAAAGAAGAUUACCUAAAGGGCAGGAACGUGGCUGCAGCCAAUGCUAUCGAUGCUGACUCAGGCCCAAAUGGGCAGAUUAGGUACAGCAUCAUUCAACAGAACCCUAUGGGCAAUAACUUCCAGAUUAACCCAACAACUGGUGAUAUUUACAUUCAUGAGAUGGUUGACCGAGAAGUGUCUGAACUCUACACAGUAACCGUAAUGGCAACAGAUCAGGCAACAGAUCCACUUUUGAGACUCUCCUCCAAGAAAAUGGUCAACCUCAUUAUCAUUGAUGUAAAUGACAACGCACCAACAUUUAAGUCUCAGAAUACAAUUCCUGUGUCUUCGAGUGCCACCCGUAGUGUCAUCACCAGUGUUGAAGCAGAUGAUCCUGACUCAGGUGAGAAUGGACGCAUAUCAUUCAGUAUGGUUUCUGGAGACAAUACCUUGUUCUCAAUCUCCUCCAGUGGACAGUUGUCCCUGUUGAAGAACAUCCCUGUUAAUCCUGUCUCCUACUCCUUGACCAUCAAGGCCUCUGAUCAUGGACAGGACAAUGGGAGGGACGAUCGGAAAUCAACAAACAUGGAUUUUACUGUUUUGGUCGUAUCUCAAAAUGGUGGUCCUAUAUUCUCAUCGCCUUCGUAUAGUAGUGGUGUUCAAGAGAACAAGCCCGUUGGUACAAGCGUGUUGCAAGUUGACGCGACAUCGUCCCAGUCCGGAUUACGUGUAGAAUACUACCUCACAGACGUUUCAGGCUCCGUUGGAAGGAUAUUUGACAUUAAUAAAUCAACCGGAAGGCUUACCACUGAACAGGUUCUGGACAGGGAAAAAUUACCGGAAUAUGUGGAUGUCACCAUUUAUGCUGCACUGAUGGGUGGGAAUGGCCCAAGAACACGCUCUACUCAGGCUCGGAUUCGGAUUGUGGAUGAGAACGACACGCCUCCGCGAUUCUCCAGCUCUCUCUUCCUGGACACCAUCUCGGAGAGCGCACAGCUUGGACAGUCCGUGUUGACAGUCGACGUGACGGACCCGGACACCAUCGGCAGCACGCAGCUACAGCUGAAUGGAAAUGGCGCGGAGGACUUCUCUAUAACUCAAGAUGGAACUUUGAAAACAGCAAGGGUUUUAAGUCGAUCCCGAAGAAGGUCGUAUGCCUUCCGUGUCCAAGCUUCCGAUGGGCAGCAGACGUCAUUUUCCGAUGUCCAGAUCACAGUCGAGGAUGAAAACGAUCACCCUCCUGAAUUCACCCAUUCCUUUUACUCCUUCGAUGUCCCUGAAAACACUGCAAUCGGCACAACUGUUGCGAGUGUCACAGCCAUUGACCAGGAUGAGGCAUCCAAUGGUCAGGUGACCUAUGAUCUGGUUUCUGAUUGGGGCAAAAGCAAGUUCCAAGUUGAAGGCAGUCUGGGCACCAUCACGCUGAUUGACCAACUCGACUUUGAGGAGGUGCAAUUGUACACCCUGAACAUCUCAGCCAAUGACGGCGGCAGCCCUCCCCUCAUCAGCAGCGUCACCGUCUACAUGAACGUAAAGGAUGUCAAUGACAACACCCCUGUCUUUGAUCCCAUGUCCUACAGUCAAGAGAUCUGGGAGAAUGCCGCCAUUGGGACAACUCUCCUCAACGUCAGCGCCACCGACAUAGACACAGGCAUCAACAGCCAACUCCGGUAUUCUCUAGCUGGUGGAGAUAAGAAAAACCAGUUUGACAUCGGACCACUAAAUGGAACAAUUUACACCAUCGGCUUCCUGAACAGAGAAGCCAUCCCAACCUAUCAUCUGAUCGUCAUAGCAACUGACCAAGCCGAGCCCCCUAGUGAUAGAUUAUCAACUUCAGCAACUGUCACAAUUCACCUGAAGGAUGUGAACGACUGUCCGCCGGAGUUCAAGAGCCCCAAUGCUACCUGGGUAAAGGAAGACGCGAGCAGGGCAUCGGUUGUGUUCACUGUGGUGGCAACAGAUGCUGACUCGGGCCAAAAUGGUCAGGUGUCAUACAGUCUCGCGUCUGUUCCAGGGUUCGGAUACCCAUUUACUCUAGACCAAGCCAGCGGAUACCUCCAAGUGAACACAGGUCUCGAUCGGGAAACCAUCGCAAACUACUCUCUAACCAUCACCGCUACAGACAAGGGUCAGCCAUCUUUGAGUGCCACUCAGAAUCUGAUUGUUCACAUUGAAGAUGUAAACGACAAUGCCCCGAACUUUGUGAAGCAGACGUAUGGUGCAACAGUGCCAGAAGACAUUGGUGUAGGCAAGAGCUUGCUGAAGGUUUCGGCAACAGAUCUGGAUGAAGGGUUGAACGGAAUCAUUCGCUAUUACAUCAUCAGAGGGGACGAGAACUAUGACUUCAACCUGGACAUGAGUAGUGGUGUUCUAAGGAUACAGAAGAAUCUUGACUAUGAACGAAAUAAGCAGUAUAACCUGAUUGUCCAAGCAGAAGAUAGUGGCGUCCAUGUUGUGAACAGCGCAACAGCUUCCAUUGUCAUCAAUGUCACUGACGUCAACGACAACGCACCUGUGUUUGUAGAUUCACCCUAUAUAGCGUUUGUUCAAGAGAACAACAAAAACAUUCCCGUUCACUUAAUGCAAGUCACGGCCAGAGAUGAUGACUCGACACCGAACAGUCAACUGACUUAUUCUCUUCUGGACGAUGAUGGAAUAUUUCAAAUUGAAGGUCAUUCAGGGGAGAUAACUGUUCAUCAGACUCUUGACAGGGAAGCCACAGCAGAGUACAAACUCAUCAUUUUCGCCAAAGAUUCAGGUUCUCCCCGUUUGACAGGAUCUGGGACUAUCAAGGUGUUGGUACAGGAUGUCAAUGACCACCCUCCUGUGUUCGACAACACGCAAUACACAGGCCAUGUCCUGGAGAACCUGUCCUCACCCACCUCCGUACUCUCCGUCCGAGCCACAGACCAGGACGAAGGGGAAAAUGCAGAGAUUGUCUACAGCCUGGAGAACAGCAUGGGUGAGAAGUUCACGAUAUACCCCGACACCGGUCAGAUCGUUACCUUGGCAAUACUGGACAGAGAAGAACGCAAUGAGUAUGACCUAGUCGUCAUUGCCUCAGACAGGGGGAUCCCACCUCAGUCGGCCACCGCGAAGGUUGUGAUCCACAUCGAUGAUGACAACGACAACUCCCCCGAAUUCGAGCAGCAGAGCUACUCCCAGGUUGUACUGAGUCCUACGGCCAGAGGAGCAUUUGUGCUGGGAGUGACAGCCAUAGAUCGGGACAUCGGCAGCAAUGGUCAGGUCAGGUACUCCCUCUCUGGUGAAGAUGCCAGCAAGUUUGUCAUCAACGCCAAUUCGGGUGUCAUCACGGCAGGGCAGGAACUUUCACAAUCCGGGUCACGGUACAGCCUCAUCGUCCGGGCUUCGGACCAGGGCGUACUUCCUAACUCCAACAGUGUCAAUGUUCGUGUGGACAUGAUGUCAUACACCGAAUCUAAACCAGUCUUCAGCCCAUUUGAUGCAAACCUGUCUGUGAAGGAAAACUCCCUCCCUGGUAAGAUUCUGACCACAGUAUCGGCCACUACGACCAGGACCAAUCAGAUCCUGUAUUACAUCGCCGGGGGCAACGUCAACCGAGGAUUUGGAAUCAACCAACUGAAUGGUUCCAUAUCUGUGUUAGGAAGCAUUGACUUUGAAACAACCAGAAGCUUUGAGCUGUGGAUUGAGGCAAACGAUGGGGGCAACCCAGCGCUGUCGGAGUACAAGAUGAUGAGGGUGAGUGUGGAAGACGACAAUGACAACGCCCCUCGGUUCCAAGAGAGUUUCUACAACACCAGCAUCCCAGAGAAUGUCCAGAAGGGUUAUUCAGUGAAACAGCUUUCUGCUACUGACCUCGACUCAAAUGAGAAUGGCCAGAUCACAUACACCAUCCACAGUGGCAACACCAACACGACCUUCCAGGUGGAUGCCCAGACUGGCCUCAUCUCCACCAACAACAUCGUAGACAGGGAAGGCAUCGACCUCUUCCAUCUCAUUGUACAGGCAAAGGACCAGGGCACCCCAAGUCUGACCACAACAGCAACAGUGACAAUCCACAUCCUUGACGAAAAUGACAACCCACCCAAGUUUACAAGGCGGUACAGUCUGUCAGUGCCAGAGAAUGUCCCUCUCAACUUCUUCAUAGUACAGAUGAUAACAUCAGACAAGGACAUCGGCAACAACGCCAAGUCCACCUUUUGGCUGCAGAAUGAUCAGGACAAGCUCAACUUUGCCAUCGACAGCAUCAGCGGCAACAUCUCCACUGUGGCGCUGUUGGAUGCGGAGAGUGUGGACAGAUACUACCCCAGGGUCAUUGCCAAGGAUGCCAACUUUCAAGUGGAAACCCAGGUCUUCAUCAAGGUCCAGGAUGUUAAUGACAAUGCUCCUGUGUUCAGAGAAGACACUCUCAGCUUUGACUUCCAGGAAAGACAGGGAGCCAAUGCAGUGGUUGGAAGAUUGAGGGCAAUGGAUGCAGACUUGGAGCAACCCAAUAAUCAGUACAUCUUCUCACUGAAACGCCCCUCCGAUGUCUUUGAGAUCAAUGCUGAGACGGGAGAUAUCACUGCCUUACAACCACUGUACUACCGUCAUGUGCCAGACCACCCACUGUCUGUCAACAGAUACACCCUGGACGUUGUGGUGUCAGAUCUGGGAACACCCUCCCUGUCGUCGGAGAACAUGGUGAUCAUCACUGUCAUCGAUGCCAACAACCAUCCUCCUCAGUUUGUACAGAGCAGCUACUUCUCAGCUGUGCCAGAGAACAGAGCCACUGGGGACCUUGUCAUCACCAUCCUGGCUGUGGAUGAAAAUGACUAUGGAAUCAAUGCAGAAGUGUUCUAUGCUGUUGCAGGAGGAAAUGGUUCCCAGUUCUUCCAGAUUGAUCAAGACACUGGCUUCAUCACUGUGAAAGCUUCUCUUCAGGGUAGACAGAAUGCUGAUUACCUCCUGUUUGUGAAAGCCCAGGACAAGGGUACACCGCCUCAGUCUACUACAGUAGAUGUCCACUUCAAGAUAACCGAUGUCAACAACUUUGCUCCUGCAUUCACAACUCAAAUCUUUCAGAAAACCAUCGCCGAAGACACUCCCAUUGGACAGACCAUACAAACCUUCUCGGCAACGGAUAACGAUCCUGGCAUUAAUGGCCAAGUCAUGUAUCUCAUCACCACUGGAAACGAGCUUGGUCUUUUUGGCAUGGGAAAAGAAAGCGGUGCACUCACUGUUGCCAAGGCUCUUGACUUUGACACACAUCCAACUCACCUGCUGACUGUCGUUGCCAGAGACAAGGCUCUUGUGUAUCAGGAGACCAACAGGACAUUCACUCUCCAUCUCACUGAUGUCAACGAUAACCCGCCCGUCUUCAACCAGACCUACUAUGAUGCGUACAUCCCGGAGAACUCGGCCCCUUCCACAUCCUUCUACACCCUUCAUGCUACAGAUGCAGACAGUGGGGACAAUGCCAUCAUCCACUACUCGGUUGUGGGGAACUCCAUUUUCACCAUUGAGAAGGAGACAGGAAUCUUGAGAUCCCAGGGUAAUCUGGAUUAUGAGGUGAAAGAUGCAUACAGUGUGACGAUCAUGGCCUACAACCCAAGCGAAUUAAACGGAGGAUCGGAUAUGAAGAAGACUGUUGUUGCUGUCCAUGUCCAUGUGGUUGGUGUCAACGAAUACUUCCCCCAGUUUGAGAAGACGCGCUACAACUUCAGAGUCAGUGAGUCUGCCACAAUCAACUCAUCCAUUGGGUCGGUGCUUGCAACAGAUCAAGACAAGGGAAUUGACGGCAUAGUUUAUUAUUUCCUCAUUGGUUCCAGCAACCUUAGAGGAUUUCGCAUUGACCAUCAGACUGGAGUUAUUCAUGUUGCUGGGCGACCUGACUAUGAGUCCUCACAAGAGAUCAUCCUGAACGUGAUGGCAAAGAACUGGGGGAGCAUCCAAGGUAACGACACAGAUACUUGCCAGGUGUAUGUCACCAUUGAAGAUGCCAACGAUCCACCAGUGUUCAGCAGGAACAUAUAUGAGGCUACAGUCAGUGAAAAUUCUCUGCAGGACACAUAUGUCAUCAAGGUUGAAGCCACAGACAAUGACUAUAAACCAGAGAACAGACAGUUUGUGUACACCAUUCUCAGAGGUAAUGAUGGAAACCGAUUCAAGAUUGACCGUGUCAAUGGAGAGAUUCGGACAACCGGCCAAGGCUAUCUGGACCGAGAGACUCAGGAUCAGUUUAAUGUGACUGUGGGAGCUGUGGACUCAGGGCUGCCUCCUCAAACAGGUUCAGCUGUGGUUAAGAUAAGAUUGCAAGAUGUGAAUGACAACGGCCCAUACUUUGACCCCAACAUGCCAGAAGGUCACAUACAGGAGAACCGAGAUGCUGGACAGUUUGUCAUGUCAUUGCCUCAGUUCACAAAGGAUCGUGAUCUGCCACCAAAUCAAGCUCCGUAUAGAUACAGUAUGGUAUCAUCCUCGGAUAAGUUCAAAAUUUACACGCAGACAGGGCGAGUGGAGACUAUAGCCACUCUGGACCGAGAACAGACCCCCGAGUUCACGCUCCCAGUGGUGGUCACUGACGGCGGCAUACCUACCAUGACAUCAACCUUGACCUUCAAGAUUGUUGUUGGGGAUGUGAAUGACAACCCUCCAAGGCCAAGGCCACUGGUCAUCCAGCUGAUGAUUCUCCAGGGGAUGUCGUCCAUCGGCUUGGUAGCGGAUGUCAGACCUCUGGAUGAUGAUGCCAUUGGCAACUACAGCUGCAACAUCGAAGGUGGGGAUACAAACACAUUCAACAUCUACCAGAACUGUGAUCUUCGAGUGAUUGGCUCAGUCGAUGAGAAGACCUACAACCUACGCAUCCGAGGCUCUGAUGGCAUGCCAAGUCAUCAAGCGUCUGAACCCUAUGAUGUGUCAGUCACAGUUAGUGAGUACAAGAAUGCCACCGUUGAUAACUCAGUACCAAUGCUUGUAGCCGAUCUGUCAGCAAGAUCCUUCCUCGAGGACAAAUACCCUCGGUUUGUGAAUGCUUUGAAGAAUGCCUUCUCACCACAAAACUCUUUCAUAGUGUACAGCUUGAAGGAGAUGGGCACUGAUCUCAUCGUCUUCUUGUCAGUUCAGAAGCCAAAUGGUGACCACAUCCCCAAAACUUCCAUGCAACAGACAUUGGAGACGAACAAGCAGGCGAUAGAAUCCACAGCCAGCAUCUCCAUCAGAAGCACCUCCUACAGUGCUUGUCAAAACCACCAGUGUCAAAAUGGCGGCAAGUGUGACAGCGAGAUUGUCAUGCACCCGGGCUACUCUAUCCACAACUCGCCAAGCCUCAUCCUUACAUCUGCCAAACCAGAAGUCAAACCAACCUGCAUCUGCCCACCGUCUUUUGCUGGCGAUUUCUGCGAGACCCCGAUUGGUCCUUGCGGAGAGAGCUACUGCUACAAUGGUGGCACGUGUAUACAGGACGUCUGCCACUGCACGCCACAGUGGAACGGACCAAGCUGUCAACAAGAUGUGAACGAGUGUCUUUCAAAACCGUGUGUUAAUGGAGGGUCGUGUGUCAACCUGGAUGGUACCUUCCGCUGUGACUGUCCGGACGGAUUCCACGGAGAGGUGUGUGAAAGCACCAUGUACUGCACCAGUCGGCCAUGUUGGAAUGGUGGUAGCUGCAAUGACGUUCCAGGAGGAUACACCUGUGACUGUGUCUACGGUUAUUUUGGCAGCCGAUGUGAAAAAUCAAGCAAAGGAUUCAGUGAGGGCUCCUUCCUGGAGUUCCCUCCCUUGUCUAACCUCAAUAACACGGACAUCACCCUCUUCUUUGCCACCAACAAGAGAAAUGCCCUCCUGUUCCUCAGCCAAGCAACUGUCAGCCCCACUAUUCUAGGUUUUGUAGCCUUGGAGAUCAUUGAUGGAAAUGUGAGGUUUUCCUUCAAGUUCACGUCUGUGUUUCCAAAGGUGCUUCAAGUGAACCGCGGUGUCUCUGAUGGACGAUGGUAUAGAGUGCAAGUCCAGAAAGUCACAGAGGGCGCCAUCCUGAAGGUGCAGCACUGUCCUAACGGAAACAGCACUUCCUGCGAGGAGUGCGCCGUGGGACAUCCUUCCUGCUACGUCUUCAUGGCCGAUAAUGGGUCCAAGGUGGUGGAGUCAGUUGAUGCCCUCAACAUCGGAGGAGUCCGCAACAUCUCCAACGUUCUCCAAUACGCUGGAGAUGUGCAGUCACAUGACUUUGUUGGGUGUGCUCACAGCUUCGAGGUGAACGGCAUCGACAUGCUUGACAUCAAAGGGGCCCUCCAUGCGCACGGGGUCAGCGACAAGUGUCCGCGGUCCAACUCGGGCGGCAAGUGUGCCUUGGUGUCUUGUCAGAAUGGUGGUCAGUGCGUGGACGAGUGGGCGACCACCAGGUGUCAGUGCACGAAGGAUUACAUGGGAGAUAAGUGUGAAGAAGAAUGGAAACCAUUUGGGUUUGGACCUGAUUCAACAGUGGAGUACAAGGUUCGUGAAAAUUAUCGCAGAGACACCAAAGUAGCGGAAAUGAAUUCUAGGGGAAAACGAGCAGUGGACAGUUCGAAGGCUUUCCUUCGUUUCCGAACUACAAAAUCCAGUGGAAAUCUGUUGUAUGUUGCCAUCAACAACAAGAAGUCCUAUGUCUGGAUUGAGGACAGCAAAUUGAAGUUUGUCCUGAUGAACGGUGACGUCAAUGAACCACUAUCAAUUGAGGGUGCAUCUGUGACAGAUGGCAAAUGGCAUAAUGUCACUGUGACUGGAUCCGGGAACAACUUCAUCCUCAAAGUGGACGAAACUACCACUGACACAAAGAAUUUUGGAUCAUCCUUCGACUUUUCUUCAGUUGAUGUAACGAAAAUGAAAUUAAGUGGAGAAAGAACUGUUCCAACUGGCACCAACAUACCAGGUUUUGAUGGGUGUAUUUCCUCCUUCUUGGUUGAUGAUGAGAAACUUCCAUUCGGAGGAUCCGAUGGUCGGUACGCGAUCACGGUGUCGGGAAGUGUGGAGACAGGUUGCCAAGCCCUGUGUGAGAAUAACCCAUGUGGAGGUGGGCAGACGUGUAGCAUAGAUGGAGAGACAGUUGCUUGUGUUGCUGCCCCCGACAGCGGCGGAGGUCUCCAGAUCGGCGUCAUCAUCGUCAUCUGUUUCUUCACUCUGGUUAUCAUUGCCAUCGUCAUUGUGUUCAUCAUUUUCAAGCGACGUGGAAUGUGCCAGAAAACCUGUCUGAAAAGUCAGACGAAGACGAACGGCAACCUCGGCCACAGUCUGGGUGGGUCUCAGGAGAACCCAGACUCGGGAUACGUGGAGAACCCAAAUGAGGAGAUGAUUAUUGGUAACCACAUCACCAAUGAACUGAUGCUGCAGAAAAGUAGCUCACUCUCAACAAAACCGGAUUUGAUUGGUUCUAACUCGAUGGGCCGGGCUCUUCCACAGCCAGUGGAAUUAGAAGAUGGGACUGUUAUUGUAGAGAAUGGUGGCAGUGUCAGUCACAUGCAGCCAUACGAUGAGAAUAUUCCUGAGUGUUACGAUCUGGAAAAUGCUAGCAGUAUUGCUCCCUCAGAUAUAGAUGUGGCAUUGCACUACAGACAUUUACGCAAUGGCCAGGGUCCAAAAUACAGACCCAACCCUCAUUCAUAUCAGCAGAAGGCUCUGUAUGGUCGCCAUGGUGAGAGCCCAUUGACAUUCGGCCCUGGUGGCCGUCCUGGUUCUGUUAGUCCGAGCAUGCUCAAACCUCGCAAUGGCUACAACAAUCCUAAUUCAAUGAGCGGGUCUGCUGUUUCGGUGCCGGCAAGGAACAGUCCUCACGUUCCAAACGUCCGGCGCCCCAACUCAGCUCAAGCGGUCAUGAGGAACAGUCCGCUCCAGAACAAUCACCGGGCCAGUCCUCUUGGCCAGCUUCAGAUGAGAAACACUCCGCUGUCGCAGGCUCACAGUCGGAGCAACUCGGCUCACUCCCUUGGGAGCCAUCACAGCCACAGCAGCUCCAGCUCCUCGGCUCCCAGGAUCCCCACGUCACAUCUACAUAAGCCUACCAGACACAGCCGAAAGCAUGGGGAGAAGGGCCUGACUGUUGAAGAGAUUAACCGGCUAAAUGCUCGCCCAGACAAUAUCGCACCUGUCAGCAUGGCCGAAGCCUUGUCGUCCUCCAGUGGCGAACAUAAAUAUCGGAGCAUGAAGCUGCAGGAACAGCUGGACAGUGGAGUGUUGUUGGAGCCGCCAGACUCCAGUUCCGAGGACAGUGGAGCCAACGAUUCAUUCACGUGCUCCGAGUUUGAGUAUGAAAAUGACAGGACCAGAACUGACUUUGACCAGGGGUUGAUAUUCUCGAAGUUACCCGAUGUACGCGAAACUGACGAAAACCCCGUUGAUAGUCGUGUGAAUUCUGAUGGCAUGGACUCUAAUGGUGAUUCCUUCACAAGUACUGUUGCUUCAUCAGAGGACAAUCCUUUCAAUCCCAAUCAAAAACCCAACGGGGCAUUCAAUUUUGAUGCCUUGUUGAAUUGGGGUCCGAACUUUGAUAAACUUGUAGGAGUGUUUAAAGACAUUGCCUUGUUGCCAGACAAUGAAAAGCAGGCACUUGAAGGAGUUCCAGGAAAUGAUUAUGAAGAGUAUGUGUAGGUAUUACUUAAUCAAUGGCUAUUAAUUCUCCUUUUGUUACCACUGCAGUCAUUUGUGAGAUCUUCAUUAUCGAGAAUCUUCCAUUCAUGCAGAAUGGAUUUCGGAUUCAACUGAAAUAUAUUACCUCAGCAUCGAGUAUCAAAAUGUAGAUAUCCUUUUCUAUGGUGUCUUUUAGCAAUAUGUACAUGUUCAUUUUUGAACCGCCAUUUUUUUAAUUGUAAAUAAUUUAAUUUUUAUUUUAAUCUAUUUCAACAAUGGUGAUUAUUUAUGUUUUGCACCAAAGAGCAAAUUGUAGAGAAGGCUUUGCUGACAUUGUUAAGUCAAAAAACCAUUGUUCCAGAUACAAAAUACAGGAUACACAUCAGAUGUAAAUAUUGUCUUGUGAUAUUACGUAUUAGGAUGGAAUGGAACGAGGUGACCUGUUUCUUGAGUUAGCAAGGCCUACUAUUCUGUAGAAGACACAAGCACAACUGCUUAAGUGGAGGCAAACCAAUGAAUCUUGUCUGUGAUGUGUACAUGAACAAAUACAACUUUCCUAAAAACUAUUUGGCAUAAAUGUGAAAGUGCAUCAUCGGAAUGACAAACAACUAUUUAUGAUAACAAUAAUAUUUGAAAAUGUCCGCUCAGUUACGUAAUUAAAUUAUACAACACAUUAGGCAUCUGGUGAUGUGGAAUGUCUACGAGCAGUGGACGACAUUGCAAGUUGUGUAUGUUUAUGUACAUGUUUUUAAGACAAGUUUGAGUAGAAAAUGAGAUUAAUAAGACAUAGCUUAGCAAAAAGUGACGCAAAUCUUAAAUUGCAGAAAAAUGACCUUGACAAAUCAAAUGUCAUCCUUAAGGGAUGUUAUUCAUCAUGUAAAUCAUUUUUUCAUUCGUGUAAACUCCCUUUUUGAACCUUACAUGCAACAAUUGCUAGUUUCACGUCACUUGAAGGUAAUGCUACUGUGUAUGCCUCCAGAGAAAUGGAAGUUAAACAUCACUUACAGUAGUUUCUAUGGCAACACCACAAGGAGCACUAUUUAUUUUUGAUACAAAUUGUAUGGUUGAUUGUAUGAGUGUGUUUGAUAUUUUUAUUGUGUACAGAAAAGCUGCGUUUAAGAUCCUGAUAUUUUACUCUUGUACAGCAAUUGUGUCAGGUCUAACGGCAGAUCAUUUGCUGAUCGGUGCAUGUUAUGUCGAUAUGUAAAUUAUCAUCACUUGAAUCGAAGUUCUUGCCAGCAUCGCCCACAAUUUGCAAGUCGUGUGACAUUUUAUGUUGAUAACAUUCUCAUUGCUAUAUUACCGAAACCAAACUUGGAGAUUCUUCCAAAACUCUUACACUUGGUUCAUGACCAAGGGCUCUCAUACCUUGCAUGAACCUGUGGAUAUUAGAGCAAAUGUAUAUGGUCAUGCAAUUUGUCUUCGUGAAAGAAUGAUGUCACUAUAACUAAAAUGUCUACUAAAAUAUCUACUAAACCUUUGUGAGAUGUGGUUUUGAAUUCAGCGUCACUGAAGUCACAUGUUCGCGUUUUCAUUUGUGUCACCAUGGAAACAGUUGCCAGGCAGAUUUUCAUGUUAUCGCCCUUGUAACAUCCCGUAUAUGCUCACAUUUUCUUUGUUUUAUUGUCAUGACUACCAUGUACACAACGCCUUCCAUUCAGCUGCAAAGAGUGGUACAAGAGUUGUCUCCCUUCACAUUCCAUACUUCAUAGAUAACAUGUCGUCAAUUCUUUGUAUCUUAAUCAGAUGGCAUUUCUUGCAGUUUUAUCAAUGACACUGUCAGUUACACAGAACCAUUGACUGUAUCUUGUUAUGUUUAAAGUGCUGGUGUUAAUGCAAUUCCGUGGAAGCGAUAUUAUUGGUAGAUCGCGGAACCUGAAAGCCAGUUCAUCAUCGCCUUGCAAUGUAUGUUCAUGCACUGAUCUUCCAUGAAGAUAUUGGUACCACAUAGAACAACAAUAUUGGUAUGCUGCGAUCUAUAUGGUAUAAAUAUUUCCAUAUUUCUCUGCAUAAUGCCAAUAAUGGCAGUCUUAAGUUUUUGAAUUUGAAGUCAGUCAAUUGUAACCAGUUACGCCAGUAGAUUGCAGAUCAAGAGGUGAAAUAAUGACGUUCAUUUCAAUAAAUUAAUUUUGUUUCCAUUCAGGCUAUUCCUUGGUCAAUUCAAACUAUUCCAAUGAAAAUAAUGUGAAAAAAUUAAAAAUAAAAUGUUGUGAUUUCACUUCAAAUUAUUCCAAUGAAAAUAAAUGUGAAAACAUUAAAAUCCAAUGUUGUGAACGUCAUUACAAAGUCGUCUAUGACUGCAACUUACAGUGUGCUAAAGGAAGGCUUUAGUCUGCUAUGGCCUUAUACUCGACACCUAUGCAAUCUGCCAAAGACUGACAGUGUAUCUUGUACUUGUACAGUUCUCAUUCAGUUGUAUCGUAAUUGUUAUUCGUUUGUUUGACAUUUGAAUGCAAGGUGCGAACAUGCUGUCAUGUAUCUGUGGUCAGAAAUAUAAUUCAACAUGAUGAAAUAAAAUGCCAAAUAAAUAUUUAAUAAAA